UCACGACAUACAUACACUCUGCAGUGGUCAUAGAUGAUAGCUUCGCGACAAGGUUCUUUCCUUGGCUGCUAUUAGCAUCUUUCACAAGGCUAGCGACCCCUAGGUGAACAAGACGAAACGAGUACGCAAUCAAGUUCUCGACGCCAUGUCUUCUUCAGAAGUUAGAGCGGGUGCGUCUGCCGGCGAAGACACACACGAGGACACCAUCAUCGUCGACACCUCCAAUCUCUCCGAGCUCAAGGCUACCUGCGAUGAUGCAGUAGAGCGAAUACUGACGCGAGCUCCAGAGGUAGUAGGUGCCGGCCCAUCACGUAGUGGAUUCUCUCCACCUUUUACGGCCUCGCAUGUCCACACAGAUGUACGCCUCGCGCUGGGCUUCACAGGAUCGAUCAUCAUGAUCGCUUGCGCUGCGUGGUCUUAUUUGGUCGAGCCGGAAUGGAGCGUGAACAAGGGCCCAACACUCUACUGUGUAGCACUGUUUGCUAUCUUGUCCGGUCUACAAAUGCUUUCCAGCCAUUUGCAAGGUGACACAAUCGUCUUAUGCAAGCGCCGCACGACCACCAAUGGAAUCGUUCAAACAGAGACGCUGCGCGUGCGGAGUGCUCCGACCUUACCCAAGCCCAAGUUGUACAACGCCGGCAGCGCAGAAGCGCGGACAGCUCGUCUGUUGCCCGGCACGUCUAUUACUUCCGACUCCGCCACUGCGAAAACUGCCAGGCCUGUGUGCAUCCCGCCCGUAUACGCCCUAUCCUUCUCCUACACCCAAACCAGUAACGGCGGUAAAACGCUCGUCAAGCAGAGCGACAGCGGUAACGAGUCUAUCCCGCUCGGACACUUUGGCGAAUGGUUUACUCAAAAUGGCGACUUCAGGGAGGAAAUUUUUGAGGAACGACUACGUGGAGCUCUUGCCAAGAUUAUGGAGUGAAAAAUGCAAACAGCUUUGAUGUACCUAGCAAGAAUAUAGCCAAAGACGGUAACCCAGCGAGCAGAAUGCA